AUGGUGGGUGCCUUUUUCUGGAUGCUCAGCCUCACCAUCCGUAAGAGGGGUGUGGGGAUUUGCAAGUACAGGAGAGAGACUCCUCUGCUGGACUUGCAAAUCCCCAAACCCCUCUCCUCUCUGGCUCCCUUUCACAACAUUCACCCACAGAUGGUCAAGUUUUUGGGUGGGACAUGUAAUCUGCGAGAAGGCGUCAUCUUAGAAAGCAUUACACGCUGUAUCAUGGGGGUGUCACUGACCAGGGCAGCCCAGUGGACCACGACCAGCUCUGGUUCAAGCAAACUGGAAUCCACACCACUAAAUGAGUCGUUGUUGAAAAAAAUCCUGUGCUUUGUGGAGCAGUUCAGUUCCAAACACCCACAGGAGGCAGAGCAUAUGUUUGAGCAGCCACUCCAGUGGAACACUAAUUUAGUCCCAUCUGAUUUCAAAGAAGACUAUGAUAUCAGUAACUCAGUGGUAAAGUCCUACGAAAAAGACAGUGAAGGGCAGCCUCUGUUGCAACUUUCCCUGCCUAAUGUUUAUGUACGCAAUUUCAACCAACUCUCUAAGCUUGUGCAUCUGGCAGAUGAGAAGAAGCUGGCAGAGGUUAAAACAUGUCUAGAAGAAAAUAGAGACCCCAUUGCUAAGAUUCUCGGUUCAAGCUUUGCCUCUAAGUUGGACGGAGAGGAAAUCCACCUUGACUCUCUAAGCCUUAAAGAUGAAGCAGAAAAAGGCUUCGCCAUGGACAUGGAUGUAAAAUACAAGCUGUAUUUCAUGCUCCAAAACACAGAUAAACAGAUACUUGACCAGCUUCUUGGAGAAAUUUCAGAGCAAGUCAUACUUGAUGCCACCGCCGUGAAGAAUGAAGUGGGAUUGUUGAAACAGUUCUGUUGUGAAGGAGAAAACAGAAUGUUGAAGUCACUUCGAUACACAUCAGAUUUUGAAUUUUCCAAUGGGUGUCGUGCUCCUCCAUGGAGACAGGUACAUGGUGAGAUUUUCUACCUUGUGAUUGAGCCAUGUGACACUGAGACCCUCUAUAUCACCUGCAGCACAGUUGGUGUUUUUCUUAAUGAGGGCAAAAAACACGAGGGAGAUGAGAAUUGUUAUGAGCGAGUAAGUGAUAUCUACAAAGAUCUAAUGACACUUCUGAAGAGCGGAUCACCAUAUUUUGCUGACAACAUAAAACAGAAGGAACCUCCGUCAACACAGAUAAAUCAGCAAGUGGAACUGGUUGAUGGGCAGGAACAAGGCCCACCCCAAAUGUCUCACGAGCAACAGGAAAAGAAUGUACAAGAACAAUGUAUACAACAGUAUACAGACAGCCAGGCACUUGUGGAGAAGAAAUAUGUGCCAUGUCUGAGAUGGAGGAAUCUUGGUCUGCUGUCUACAUGUGGAUUGGCAACAAAGCUGAAUAACAGCUCUGGUGAAGAGAAGAAAGGCCGAUCAGGAACCAAGACCAAGAUGGCACGGGAAUUCACUGUGUCUUCUUCACCAAGGUGCUUGUCUUCUCAGAAAAUGAAGACCUCAGCUGGAGCUAUGCAUGUGGAACUUUACAGUGAAAGUUCCUCCGAAAGUGAAGAGGAAGAGGAGCUGUUGGAGCGCCGUCCAGAGAAUAAUAUAGACCUGCCCUCUGAAUACUGGCAAAUCCAGAAACUUGUGAAAUAUCUCAAGGGAGGUGACCAGACAGCCACUGUGCUCACUCUUUGUGCCAUGAUGGACUUUAAUUUAAUGCAGGAGACAUGCCAACUGGCCAUCCGGGAUGUAGGUGGCCUUGAAGUCCUUAUCAACUUGCUGGAUACUGAUGAAGUUAAAUGCAAAAUUGGAUCACUAAAAAUCCUGAGGAAGAUCAGCCACAAUAUGCAAAUCCGGCAGACAAUUGUAGACAUGGGAGGCCUGCAGAGCAUUGUGAAAAUUCUGGAUUCACCAGUUAAGGACCUCAAAGCCCUAGCAGCAGAGACAAUUGCGAACGUGGCCAGGUUUCGCAGGGCAAGAAGAACCGUCAGGCUGCAUGAUGGUAUAAAAAAGCUAGUAAAACUGCUAGACUGCAUCCCAAAUUCAGCUGACCCAAGUAAAGAUCAUGAAAAGGAUGUAGAGGUGGCCCGCUGUGGGGCCUUGGCACUGUGGAGCUGUAGCAGGAGCACUAAGAACAAGGAAGCUAUUCGUAAGGCUGGCGGUAUCCCCCUGCUAGGACGCCUGCUGAAGUCUCCACAUGAAAACAUGCUAAUCCCUGUUGUGGGCACCCUGCAGGAAUGUGCCUCAGAGGAAAAUUACAGGACUGCUAUCCACACUGAAGGAAUGGUCAAGGAUUUGGUCAAAAACCUAAGCAGUAACAAUGAUGAGCUUCAGAUGCAUUGUUCCAGUGCAAUCUUCAAGUGUGCAGUGGACAAACAAACCCGGGAUCUUGUACUCAAAUACAAAGGUCUUAAGCCACUGGUGUCACUACUUGGUAAAGCAGACAACAAGCAUCUCCUGGCGGCUGCCACCGGGGCAAUUUGGAAAUGUUCAAUCAGUAUGGAGAAUGUGGCCAUCUUUCAGGAGUACAAGGCCUUAGAGACCCUAGUUGGACUACUAACUAAUCAGCCUGAAGAAGUGUUAGUCAAUGUUGUGGGUGCCCUGGGGGAAUUUGCUCAGAUAUCUGCAAAUAAAGCUACCAUUCGCAAGUGUGGAGGCAUUAAACCACUUGUUAAUCUACUCACCGGGACAAAUGAGGCACUGCUGGUCAACGUAACCAAAGCUGUAGGAGCAUGUGCAACAGAUAAGGAAAAUAUGAUGAUAAUUGAAAAACUUGAUGGAGUACGCCUUGUGUGGUCACUAUUGAAAAAUCCCAGUCCAGAUGUUCAGUCUAGUGCUGCAUGGGCCCUUUGUCCAUGUAUUGAGAAUGCAAAGGAUGCUGGGGAAAUGGUGCGCUCCCUUGUUGGUGGAUUGGAACUGAUAGUUGAUUUACUCAAGUCAACAAAUAAUGAAGUGUUGGCAAGCAUUUGUGCUGCCAUUGCCAAAAUAGCCAAAGACAAGGAAAACCUGGCAGUCCUCACAGAUCACGGGGUUGUUCCAUUACUGGCUAAGCUGACUAACACAACUGAUGACUGGCUCCGUCGCUCUCUGGCAGAGGCAAUUGGCCAUUGCUGCAUAUGGGGCAGCAACAGAGCAUCCUUUGGUGAGGCUGGAGCAGUGGCACCUCUAGUCGAUUACCUUAAGUCAAAAGACAGUUCAGUUUACCAGAGCACAGCCAUGGCCCUGUACCAGCUGUCCAAAGACCCCAAUAAUUGCAUUACAAUGCAAGAGAAAGGAGUAGUUAAGCCUCUGAUUCAGAUCAUGGGUUCUGACAUCGAGGUGCUCCAGGAAGCUGCUGCUGGCUGUGUGCGCGACAUUCGACUUCUGGCUCAGGCAAAUAAAAAGGCCUGUUUGUUUAUUUGACUGCCAGUGACUAUAACAUGUUAUAUCUGGAAAUUCUGGAGGGACUGUCCGAAAAAAGAUCAGGAAGAUUAAAAAAGCCUUUAUGCCAUUGUCCAAUUUAACUAAUUCUGCUUUUAUUUCCAAAUAGCUCACAACUAUAAACUUUCAAACAAUGAAAACAACUUCAUGAAGUUACCAGUCUUAUUACCAAGAAGUAAACACAGAACAACUAAACAAAAAUGGUUAAUCCAAGACAUUUCGUAGUCCCACUUUCCUCCCUAAUCCUUUUUCAUCAGUCCCGUACCUGUAAUAAAUAUGGCAGAACUUAAAAGCACAUACCUUAAUCUGACCUGUGAAACAUAUCUUUAGACUAUUUUAAAUCCUUGGAAUGUUUUGUUUGAAACAGUUGAAAAAUGUUAAAGUGAGUAGACCAAGUACCACAACUGUGUCAUAUAUGGCCCAUUACUGAAAAAGGAAUUCAUAUUAAAUUCAG